CCGAGUGAUCUUUCUCUCGAAACGUUCCUCUUCACGGAUUAUGACCAUCCUUGCUGGCAUAAACAAGAAAAGUGACGACGCGUGUGGAAUGUCAGGAGGCCAGUUCCGCAUGAAGAUGCAAACGGCCGCCUUUCUUAUCUGUAUAUGGCUAAUAAAUGCAGUAAAAAAACGAAACGACGUCAUCGGGCAGUAAAAAAAGGAAAGAAAGAAAAAGAGAGAGAAAGAGACAGGGAAAGAGAGAGAGAGUGAGAUGGCGAGAUGGGGAGGAACGAAAGGGACGAAGUCUCUAAUGGGGUCGUGCACGUUUAAUGUCACUUUUAUGUGCGUCGGGAAAACGGCGUAUCUUUGAAAUUACGUCUAACUCAAGCGACGUGGUCUCCUCUGUUAUAGAGUUCCAGUGCGUCGGUAUCGCCCGAUCUGUCACGAUUCCAUCGUGUAAUCUGAGGUCGCGCGUCAGGACUCUCUCCGGAGUGAUAGUUGAUGGUAGAGGCGUUAUCCGGCUGCCUGUUUAAUUACGCAAGACAGGAGGUGGAUGAUGCGGUUCGAACGGAAAAGGGAUGCUCGCGAACGAGCGAGCGAGCGCGCGCACACGAACGUGAUGAGAAUCCGGGUUCGACUCGCUCUGCUAGGAACUGGGAAAAUUUCGGCGAGGAUGCCGUUGAACAGACGUCGCAGUCGUAUUGGGGUUGUUCGUAUUGUGCGUCGAUUGAGGCGCCGAAUUAUUCAGCGAUACUCGGACAAAUUGGAACUACUUAGCGAUAAUUAAUGUCAUUAUCGUGAGUGUAUGUCCCGUUUACGUUAUCGGCGUAGAACGUAGUCGUAAUUUUGAUGAGAUAUUCGCCCGAUCGAACAUGCCGACAUACUUGAAUGUAUCAACGCCCUUAUAUGCUUAUGUAUGUGCGCGCGCGUGUGUGAGUGUGUGUGUGUGUGUGUGUGUGUGUGUGUGUGCACUUUGGAAAGCCGGCAAUAAGUUCUCCUACACGCGGCUCAAGUGUACGUCGAUAAAUUGCGCCAGAAGAAUUUAACGCGUAGAAGCCGAAGUAUACACACCAGACAUAAUUUCAUCGCUCUAAUUAAACGUUGACGUCAACCUGGCCAAACAUGAAGCAAUAUCGCGUCAAAUUAGAACGGAAGGAGCCACGCACGUAAAGCAUUGCCAAAAUCCACACGCGCCAUAUAAUGCGUGUUCGAUCGAUCUAUUUCGGACCUUUCUCCUCUGUAUUAAUCAAGAGACAAUCGGAAUCGAGUCGAAAAAUUCGGAAAAACCAACAAUCAACACUGGAAAAACGGUAUUGACGUUGACGCUAGCGCGCGCGCUUGGAGAAUUACGAGAAUCAAAUGUUCGAUGUUGAUCGAUCGUGUUUUUACGGCUUGCGCAUCGGAAAGAAGCGAAAUUGAUUGGAGCAACAAAAUCAGCGGUCAUCCUCAUUCGAACAAAUGACUCGUCCAAUGUCCAUCGAGCGAAUUACGCGCGUGACGAUGAAUUGCGUCGAGCGUUCGUCGGGAAUCAACCCGAUAUAAUUCGCGUCGCGAUAAUUAUAUAAUUUCACCAGUGGACUCGAUGCUCGCUUGCUCGCUCGCUCACGCGUACAACUUCGCUCAUGCGGGCACAGACAAAUCGUAAUUUUGAUCCUUCGUCCUCAAUACUUUAUUUAACCCCUCGUUGCACAGUGUCCCAUAUUACGCUACAUCUGUUUCCUCGCAAUUUUUCUAUAUCUCCACGUAUUUCGUAAUUGCUUUGUACGACAUAUUUGGUAUCGUUACGUUCCUAAGAUUCUCUGUAUGUGUAUACAUAAAUAUGUAACUUUUCUCUGCUUUUUUAACAAAAUAUGUUUAACAGAAACACUUAUGCGACAAAGUGUUAACGCCUAUUCUAAUACUCUGAAGCUUACAUCAACCUCUUUUGAUUCUACUUAAUUUACUAACUUUGCUGAGAAAUCCUUUUUUGAAUCCACAAGUGGCGUUCUUGUGCAUCUCCAGCCAUUUAGAAGCGCCAAGUAGGAUUUCAGUUUCGAAAGAUGUUACAUGUACACUGAUCCUCAGAAUGUACAGAUGUUAGAAAGUUCAUGUCCAAAGUAGGGCGAAAAUUACGACUCGGGAUAACCAAGUUGGUUGAAAUCUUGAUCCUACUUUCGACCUCAAUAUUCCAUUCAACAUCUAUUUUGAUACUUUCAAGCCUACAUUAACCUCUUUUGGCUCCAUAUAACCUAGCUUUACCGAGAAGUCCUCUUCAGGAUCUAUAACCGACGUUUUUGUGCGUUUUCUGCCAUUUAGGGGCGCUGAAAGUAGGAUUUCAGUUGCGAAAGGUAUUACGUGUACGCUGAUCCUCAGAAUAUACAGAUGUUAGAAAGUUCUGAUCUAAAGUGGGACGAAAAUUUCGAUUCGGGAUAAACAGCCGAUACCCGAGUUGAAACCUUAAUCCUACUUUCGACUUCAAUAUACCAUUCAACAUCUAUUUUGAUACUUUGAAAUCUAUAUUAACCUUUUUUGAUUUCAUUUAACCUACCAGCUUUGCCGAGAAGUCCUCUUUAGGAUUUACAACUGGCGUUUUUGUGCGUUUUCUGCCAUUUAGAGGCGCCAAGUAGGAUUUCAGUCUCGAAAGGUAUUACACGUACACUGAUCCUUCAUAUACAAAUGUUGAAAAGUUCAGAUACAAAGUUGGGCUGAAAUUUCGACUCUGGAAAUAUCGCUAAUCCGGCGGCUCUCUUGGUCACGUCGACUGUCCAUUUAUCUAACCCAGUUGGAGAGGUGGUAGACGAGUUGGCUUCUGUGAGGCAAGUCGCUGCCAAAAGACCUGAGCGAUCCCUCUCAUUCUCUCGUUCUUGCCGUUUCUCUCUCUCUCUCUCUCUCUCUCUCUCUCUCUCUCUCUCUCUGACCGGAACAACGCAGCGUGGCGAUCGUUCUCGUUGGAGGGGACAGACGAGGCAGCUGUUUGCUCGCCAUGGAACGGAUCAGGAGGGUCGCGCUUCAUGUGUACCCGCCAGUAAUGCCACAUCGGUUGCGCUCGCAACUCUGACGGAACGUUAUACGCGUGCAACACGUCGACGGAUCGGUCGCUUUUCGCGAAUCUCGCGCGACGGCAGGAAAAUCGGCGGGAAAUCGUGUCGCGUGAAAGCGCCGCCGUCGACUUUCGAACACGGCGACAAGAGAAUCCCACCGAGAAAAUCACCACGAGGUCGGCCGACUGCAACGGAGCGUGCUCCACGGCGUGGUGCACAGCAGCGAUCGUUGGCGAGAAGAGUGUGUGCGUGCAUGCGCCGUCGGUAAAUCGCCGAAUAAAUCGAUCCGUGCGCCUACCUUGGCGCGAACGUUAAAGUGCGGUUCCAUCGAGUCCCGAUCGGAAAAUUGAGCCGGCGACUACCUUUCCCGAGGUAACGCGCUCUCUUCGAUCUAAGGAUAGAUCGCAGAAACAUGGAAACGCCGAACUUCCUCUCAAGGAUACCUCGCGAGUGGGUGGCGAGAAACACCAGAUGAUGGAUCCGUCAACCGACGAGUGAUAUCAUCGAUUAAUAUCCAGAAGCAGCUGCGAGACACGUCGUGCUGGUAUUCUAAUAACACCCGAGUGAUGGACGCCUGUCGGAAAAUGAGCCACCUCAAGGACGAUCCUCGACGGGCGAGAACCCCGGGGGGCCCGAAGGUUGCGAAAAAACGACGAUGUCCUCGUCUCCGUGCUUGGGCACGUGGCUUUCGAAGUCGUGCGUAGAAGCGCGUUCGAACGAGAAAGUCGUUUUCUGUGAUAGCCAGCUUUACCGAGCCAAAGAAUCGUUUUACGGAUUUGCGAGGAAUCCCCGACUUCGCAGCUUUAUCCUACCAAAGAGUGAGAGAGCGAAUAGACAAUAAGUGCCUUACUACCCGCGACACAAUGGCGCGCGGAUCAUUUGAAUAAGGCGUGUGAUAACGCAACGAGCGAGAAUUCGCGUCGUUUGUUCGAGGACACGAGGAGGAGUGUCGCGGCACUCGCAGGCGUCGGCGAGAUCUUGCUCGAUCGAGACGUGCCCAGAUGAAAUUUCGCAAAACCUCCUCAUCCAGCCCGAAGAUGGAAUUGCUCUCGAGACGUUCGUCGGGCGGCAGGAUGUCGACCUUGAAGAGGUCGAGAUCCUACCGGGCGUCCGUGAAGCUAAUGUCGAAGAUACGCAAUCAUGCCAAUCUGCGACUGGCCGUCGGCUUCGAGCUCUCGCCCACCUCGAAGAAUCCCACGAAAAAGGAGCGCAACCACUGCGUUCUCGAGGAGCCUCGUCGGCACGAGAGACCCUCGAGUCCGCAGAAGAAUUCUCAGGAAACGAAUUCCCGCGCUGAUGACAAGGUCGGUCACGCCGACAAGUCGUCGUUGUCGCGUUCUCGAAAGACUUCGGUGAAAGACGACCGCGAGUCGCGAGAGAUCGCCAAAGACCUGAAGAACAAAUUGUCCCUGGCCGACAGGAUAAUGGGCAAAGGUCGCAAGGACGCGGACAAAUCCUCCGAAAAGGACGAGAGUGUCAAGUCACCGAAGGUCAUUCGUAUCUUUCGCAGAAAGCACAGUACGGAGAGCUCGCAGGAGAGCACUCGGGGCAAGGAGCACCACGAGAAACGCGUGUCCUGCGAGGUGGACACGUGUCAACAAGGCAAACAAGCGUCCUAUGAGAACCCAGUGUUUCUACCAGAUAGUUCACUGGACUCCUCCGUUUCGAGUUUCCUCUUUGAGGUCGGAGAAGAGGCUGUAGAGGAGGAACAGGGUGGGAGCAAGGAGCAACGGCAAGAUUGCGAAAGUGACCGCAACGUACUGACUGUCAUCGUGGAUUCCCAUAAAGCAAUGACUAAUCAGCCUCGUUGUCGCAAAGCUAGCUACGAGCGGGAUAAGAGUGAAAACGAGGAACACGUGGAGGACCAAGAAUCUGCGUUUCGUCGCAGAUGCGAGACCGAUCCCUCGCGGUGCCUCUGCCAAGUGCGUGACGGAGGAGAGGAGCGAGCGAGCGCGACCAGCGGCUACCGCAGGAUCGCCGAGUCCUUCAGCGGAUUCGAUCGUUCGCGGAUCACCAAGUUCCACUGCAAGGCGACAUUGCACGAAACGUGCGCGGGGAAAAACGUGAAGGCUGACUGCCCGCAGGAGCAGCGGUCCCUCGACAGUGUCAAAAGGGGCAACUCCAUCUGUCCCUCCAAGUCCUGCGGAAUCAGGACGGUCGAUAACAUCACGAACUUUUGGACGAGCGGCCGCGCCGGUAGUUUUCGCAGCAAAAUGGCGACCGAGUUACACUCGUUGCAAGGGAUGGAGUUCCUGGAGGGUUUCGGCAAGAAGAAACAGCAGCCCCACCAACAACUGAAUAAUCUGUCGUCGAUACACAUCAAUCCUCUCUCAGCCCAAUCCCUCAACAUACAUCUGCAUGCUCUGUUCGCGGCUGUGGAACAUGGUCACCUGGAUAAAGCGAGAACGAUUUUGGAGUCUACCGAUGUGGACGUAAAUAGUGUUAACAGCGACGGCUUGUCACCGUUGGACGUCGCCGUGCUCAGCAACAACAGGCCGUUGGCAAAAAUGCUGGUUGCGUUCGGCGCGCAGGAGGGAAACCAAUUCAAGUCCCCGGAAUCUUUGGGAAGCCACUUGGCAUCGUUGCUCUCGGAAGCGGAACACCGAGUUCAAGAACUCGGCGGCAGUACUUCCGGCAGCGGUGGGACCACUCUAUUGGAACCACCCAGCAGCCAUAGGGCCAGUUUUUCCACGCAACAUAAUAACCUCACAGGAUGCGGCGGUAGCACGGAGGACAAGCAACUCGCCCUGUGGGAGCGAAGGGCCAGAGCUCUCAGAAAGAUGUUGCUCGGCUUCGACCAAGCACGACCACCCGACAUGCCUUUUCUGGUCGCGGUCGAUGUUACUGGCACGACCUCGGUAACGGUCAGAUUUCAAGAGCCAGACUCGCACGAUUCCCCGAUCUGCACCAAGUUUAAGGUCCAGUGGAGUCUGCACGACGACUUCUCAGUCGUUUGCGGCGAAAGGGAGGUUUUGGACAUGAAGCAGAGGGAGUGCCGUAUCGAGGGUCUGACCCAAGGUCAGAGAUAUCACUUUCGCGCCGCCGCCGGAAAUUUGAAGGGUUACAGCAGAUUUAGGAAUUCAACGCCCGCGCAUGUGACACCCAGCAGUUGGAGGGACAUCGAUGGCAGAGUGCCGAGAUUCGCGGGACGACUGGAGCAACUGAACACUCUGUUCACCGACAUCAGACGGCCAGAAUACACGCAAGAGACGCCGGCGGUGCAGAGGCGGAAUCACAAGAAGAAAACGACGAUAAAGCAGCUGUUCACGGCGACGAGCAAGUUUCAGAAGAAUCUCAGGCGAGGGGUGUUUCUCGCGUGCCUGCUCUACCACGAGGACAAGGUCCUGGUGACCAACGAGGACUUCCUACCCGUGAUCGAGAUCGACGAGACGUAUCCCAGCUGCAUCUACAACGACUUUCAUUGGCUCAUGAAAGUCGCCUGCACCUGGGACGAUGUCAAGUCCCUUCGGCAGGAUAUGGAAAAGAGCCACAGCAGUUCGACCAACCACUUCAGGAUAAAGCUGCUUCAGGCCGCUGCCCAAAUGCAGGCCGCGCUGUGCACGCAAGAUCUCGGUCAGUUGUACCAUAAGCCCAUCCGAGACAUCCAAGGUACUCUGGUGUUCUCGACGGUGAAUUACAUCAAGUCACCGAAACUGGUCUCCGUGCUGAACAGCAGAUGGUUACCGCUCAGCAAGGUCAUAAAGAAAGUCAUCACGCACGAGGACAGCAACGUCGCCGAUAUCUUGAUGGCCAGCAUACAAGAACAAAUGACAUAUCACCAGGUCAGCGGUAUCAAACUGUCCAAGGGCCUGUACCUCGGCUACUUGAAGAUGCAAAGCAGCGUGGACCUCAUACAAGUCGUCGUGCCGGCGAAAUCGCCGAACGUCUUGCCGCACUGCAAGAUCCGCGACAAUCCGCACGUGUCCGCGGAGGAGUGGGACUACCUGAAGAGGGUCACGCGCAUUUACCUGUCCGAGUCUUCCGUGAAGGAAUCCGAGGAGAAGGAGAACGUGACGAACGAGUCUCAAGGCACGGAGCAGCAGAAGCUGUUCGUCGACUUGGUCGCUGCGACCGCGCGACGACUAUUCAAUUACAUGGAGAUCGGCCCGGAUGAGUCACUGGUGCAUCGACUGUACGACGCCGAGGUGAUCGAUCUGACGCACGACGUGUCGUUCUUGAUCGCCGUGCCGCCCGCCGAAACCGCGUGCUGCGUGCCCGGCACGCGGGAAAUCCUGCUGCAGCGCGGUGAUCUCCUGUCGUUGCCGAUCCAAGUGUUCGAGAUGGUGCACUUGAACACGUAUCAGAAGGAUGUGAUCAAUCGUUACUCGCGGCUCAGCUGCAUCCUCGAACUGGACACGGCGCAGGCCCAGCAUAAUCACAGAGAGGCUUUCAGCUCGCUAGAACUGAGCGUCGCGAAGGACAAACUUGCGAGGCUGCAGGAUCUACAGUCGCAAGUGAACACUGUGUGGAAAGGCGCCAGGUGGCUGAUCGACGUCAUCACCUUCGCGAGAGAUCGCGGCUCUUCCCAACUGAACGCCGCGUCGCAGACCGUCGGUAUAUGCAUGAAGCACUUGCUCAGCCUAGACAGGAACAAGAACAGCAACAACAGCAACAACAGCAACAGCUUGAAACGAAGCUUGCUACAACUACCUCCCAGAGAUCCCAAGCUCGUCAAGUCGAGUCCUGGUCGAGGCAGUUGGCCAGGGCCAAAUUUGUCGAACUCAUCGUCCAAUCUUCUCACGACGGAGUUCAGCAAGAGCGAGCAGCAGCUGCCCAGCGGACAAUACAUACGCAAAGGUAGCAACACGUCGAACGUAUCGACAGGCUCGGAGCCGCAAAAAUCGUGCGCGCCGAUGAGCAGCAGCAGCAACCUGAGCAACCUGACGACAACCAGUAGCGCGAAUCACCUGAUACCACUGCAGAACACGCGACUCCCGCCUUCCAAAUCCGAGGACACGCUGAUCUUAACUAAAUACAAGCACAGCCCGCGAAACCGAUCCGCUACGAUCACCUCGGCGUCGGCUAGCACCAGUCCGUUGCUGAGCAUCAAGCCGAUCAUGUACGGCGGCUCGUUACUCAGCGUCUCCACGGCGAUGACGAACACCACGAGUAUGCUGAGCGUCAGCAACACGAAUUCAGACAGUCUACACUCGCUGAGUAGCGAUGAGUACACUACGCCGAAUUCCAGCGUUUGCGUCUUGAAGCCUGGCCACGCAAUCAAAGUGAAAACGUCCAAGCCGACCGCGAGCGUCGCGGCGAUGGCCACCGCGUCGCAAGACGCGGACGAGGAGAAGGAAGAGGCGACGAUGAUGCCGGCGCCCUUACCGGGCAUCCUUCAGGUUUAUGCGGCCUACGAGACUGGUUUAGCGGCUGGCACUAGCUUGAAGUUACAUGUAACACCAAGGACCACGGCGCGAGAAGUCGUGGAUCUCGUUGUUAAGCAGUUGAACAUGGCAGUGGUGCUGAAGGGUCAAGAGGGGCCUAUCUACACGGCCGACGAGCUACCAAACUUCUGUUUAGUUGCCGUAAUUGGUGCGCGCGAACGUUGUUUAAGGGACGACUUUAAGCCCCUUCAAUUGCAGAACCCAUGGAAAAAGGGACGAUUGUACGUUAGGCAAAAGCAGGAUGUUCUCGCCGCCCUCGAGCACAGUAGUAAGCACACUGCGUACUUAUAGCACAAGUAAAGCGGUGUCUGUGUGAAUAUUGAUCUAUAUUAGCUCUCUCACUUUCUCUCUUUCUCUCUCUCCCACUAUUGUAAAUGAAAUUUCAUUCUAUACACGUAAACGUCACUGAUGUAUCUUUCGCGCAGAACGACUUGGUCGGAUCGUUUCAACGGUGCUAUCGAGGGAGAGAAAUAUUUCGGUCGACAGAGAGAGAAUUUAUCUGAAAAAAGAAAAAUAUUGUAUAGACAGGGAUUUUAUACAACCAUUUCCGUUAUAUUUUGUUAACAUUUUACGUGUUUUCAUAAAAGAAUUGUUUGGAUAGUGAUAGAAGGUAUUUUUUAUCUUGAUUUUUCUUCUAUCUUACAAUAUUUUCCCUUUAACGCAUAUGACUAAGUCACUUCGUCUGAAACAAGUUGAAUAUUCAUGAAUAUUAUUUGACCAGCGAGAAAAAGAAUGGAACGCUUGGUCUCUUGAAUAAGCGAUAUUAGUCGCAAAAGAUUUAAUGAGUUUCAUAAAAUGAGCGCUUAUUAAAGUGUACCGACCUUCCGUAUUUUACACUUUAACUAAAUUAGUUAUAUUUCCUCUCUCCCUCUCUCUCUCUCUCUCUCUCUCUCUCCUUACGCGAAAAAAUUCUGUGCAAUUAUAUUUUAAUCCGCUCUCGUAGUUAUGCGAUUUAAAAUUAGAUUCGCGCUUCUCAUGGCGCCCGAUUUUAGCGUAUGGGUCGUUAAAAAUGCAAAAGUACGAAUAGUUAAAUAUAUAACGAUGUUUCUCUCAAUUAGUCACGACGACACAGGCAACUUUGAGUCGUCAUGAGCGUGAUAAGCACCUCUCUGACCGGUGAAAUAAAGAUUUAUUCUAUUUAGAUGAUAUGAUAUGUACAUUCCGCGUUUGAAAUUCGUGACUUCACGAAUACGAUCUGUAAUAUUCUUCAAAUGUUGUAUAGUUAGUUUUUAAAGAAAUUAUAUAUAUAUAUAUAUAUAUAUAUAUAUAUAUAUAUAUAUAUAUAUAUA